AUGUCGGCAGUAUCGCACAUCGUUCGGCUUAGUGCCGAUGUGUGGAGCCUCAACGGCCUUGGUGGCGGUAUUGGCGGAGUAACGCUGCGCCAUUUGCUGCGAAGGCGCUACGACGAGGCCGCGGCAGCCGUCAAGAGGGUCGUCUACCCGGACGGACUGCACCAAGGGAGUGUAGACACAUCGCAAGUGGCUGUAACGCCACAAAUACUACCCAACGGCGGCUACAACGUCCCGAUACUGGACGAGCUCUAUAGGCGAACUUCUAGCGGCCUAGCUUCGGUGUUAGAAGGGCUUCACAUCCUGCUGUGGAAGGGGAAGCAGUUCAAGGGGUGUUUCCAACCGAGCAAGUGGAAGUGGUACCACCGCCACGGCUACUGGGCGACGCGUAAGAAGCUGUUGAAGUUCGACACGUAUCGGCGCCACAGGUACCACGAGGUCAGGGGACCUGGAAAACGGCCUCCCAGCAAGUGGGAGGACAAAUCCUUCUAUAAACCGCUAAGGGACUCCAUAAAGUUUUGGUGA